AGGGCUGGUUACAUCAAUAUGACAUCUCUACAAACUGCCGCAGCAGAGAUGGGAAAAGAUGUUGAAUUCGACCCUGCAGCAGUGUCAAUUAUACGUCAGCACUGGAUUGACAGACAGCUCAAGAAGCGAGAGCUGGAGUUUACCGAAUAUCGAACUGUAACUGUCUUUUGUGGAACCUACAAUGUAAAUGCAAAGAUCAUCGCCGACGAGGAAAUUCAGCGGUUAGAAGAAUGGCUUUUUCCAGAUGCAGGAGAGUUGGCAGACAUAUUUGCAGUUGGUUUUCAAGAGGUCGUGGAUUUGAACGCGGUGAAUGUAGCCAUGGAUGGCAAGUCUCAGCAAAGAGCGCAGGCCUGGCAAGAUAAACUUGAUGCUGUACUUAACAAUAAGAGGCGCGAAGAGCGUUAUGUGCUGGUGGCAGAAAGGCAUUUGGUGGGCAUUCUCCUUCUUGUCUUCGUCAAGGGGGUGCAUUCGAAAAAAGUUCGUGAAGUUUACGGGGCCUCUGUGGGCGUUGGUUUGAUGGGAAUGGCGGGCAACAAAGGUGGCGUUUCCAUGCGUCUCAAGUUCUAUGAUUCAUAUUUAUGUUUUGUGUGUGCGCACCUGGCAGCGCACAGAGAAAACGUUGAAGGCAGAAAUAGUGAUUUUACUAACAUUCUGCAAAAGACGAUUUUUGUCGACAAGGCGCUGAGUAGCGAGGCAGAUACACCCGUAACGGGUCAAGGUGAUGUCACCGAGGAGACUCGGAAGUACUUCUCGGAAGUGCUUGACGUAGAGUCUACUUUACAGACUGGCAUUUCGAUCUUAGAUCAUGACGUUGUGUUCUUUAUGGGUGAUUUAAAUUACCGGCUAGACGAAUCUGUGGACACGGAAGAGUGUUUCGCCAAACUAAAGGCACAUGAUCUUGAUUUUCUGCAGCGCUACGAUCAGCUCAAUAUGGAACGAAUCCAGGGCCGUGUCUUCUCCGGAUUCAGUGAGUCGCCGUUAAAUUUCCUCCCUACCUACAAGUAUCAGCCGGGCACUUCCUCAUAUGAGCGGCGACCGGAGAAAAAAUUGCGUUGCCCAGCCUGGUGCGAUCGUAUCCUCUGGCGGGCCAAAGAGCCUGGGCAAGUGCGAUGCCUAUCAUACGGGCGGGCGGAGCUUGGCCUCUCAGACCACAAGCCGGUGGCAGCGCAGCUGCUGACCAAAGUUCGCAUGGUUGUGAAAGCACAGCGACAAGAAGUGGCCGCCGAGAUUCACCGCCUUUUGGACAAAGUGGAAAAUGACCAACACCCCAAAGUGACCCUUGAGGUAUUUGACAACAGCACAUUAGGUUCUCCGCGACCACUGAACACAAUUGAUUUUGGUCCUGUAAGAUACGGCGUGGAAUGCAGGCAAGCUCUUACAAUUACCAACGUGUCAAAUGUAGCAGCUCACUUCCGUUUUGUUCCCAAACUUGAGGAGGAGACUAUCUGCAAAAGUUGGCUCAGCAUCCAGCCUCGCUUCGGAAUGUUGCUACCCAAUGAGGUUGGCCAAAUAAAUUUUAAAAUUUUAAUAGACCUUAAAACGGCUAAGAUGCUCAACACAGGACGUGACUUGCUGGAUGACAUUUUAAUUCUACGCCUCGAGAACGGUCAAGACUUUUUCUUAAGCGUUGGUGGCACGUACGCUCGAUCAGCUUUUGGGAUGGAUCUAGAGGAUCUCGCCAGUUGCCACGGGCCUGUUCGCUUUCUUCCCCUCACUGCAGCAAAGUGGUCCCAGUUCCAGUCGAGCACUUCGACCGCAGACAAGCCCCAUCUGCCACCUACAUCGGUUGGAGGUCCAACACUCUCUGUACCAAAAGAGCUUUGGCGGUUAGUCGAUGCUCUUUACCGUCGAGGUCUCACGGAAAAAGACCUCUUUAUCCAACCGGGUGUUUUGACUGAAGUUGAAGCUGUGCGGGAGGCUCUCGACACGGGCGAAGAAUUGGAAGAGAACGUUUCCGUGCAUUCUCUCACAGAAGUCCUCCUAAGCUUUCUCACGUCGCUUGCCAGUCCUGUGAUUCCGAGAAAUCUCCUUCCUUCUGUCGAAAUUGAUGCUCAAAUAUUACGGCCUUGGACAAGACGCUUCUUGGAACUGCUACCACCCUUGAACUACAAUAUUUUCGUCUACCUAAUUUCUUUUUUCCGCGAAGUAUUGAAGUAUCAUGAGUCUAACCGUCUCAAUACUGAGAAAUUGGCUACAAUAUGCAGCAAGACCUUUUUGCCAUGCAAUGAGCUCCAUUGGGGCGACUCAGUCGAAGUGGCUAGCGGUCCAGCAGUUGGAAAAGGUGAGGAGCACCAGCGCCUUCAAAGUAUGCAAGUCAUCUUUCAUUACUUCCUGACCACAAGCGUCUUUUGAGUGACAAUGAGGACCAGCCAGUCUGAAGAUAUGUUUGUCAAUAGAUACUGAGUACAUUCAUUGUACGUGCGACGGGCCUCGAUAGGCUGGCUCAGGCAAAGAGCUCGAGUCAAAUUGGAAAAGAAGGCAUGUUGUAAAUAUUGUAUUAUCGAACUAUUUAUGCGUAA